CCUGGGGUUUGCAGAGGAGGGGUCCCCGCAGUUCUGGACCCGGAGUCGGGAGUCAUCGCGGGGAUCUCGGAAGUUCCACGGCCGGGGCGCGCGUCCCGAAGUUGGGGUGCGCACUGGUGUGUCCUGAUGCGGGUGAGGGCUGGAUCCUGAAUGCGCGUCAGGCCCCCCUGAAGUGGGGCGCGUGGGAUGGGGCCUCGCCCCCCGGCCUGAUUGGGGAUUCCUGUCACCGGGUGGUGUCGGACUCCCCCUCCGGGAGCCCCGCGCCCGCCCGGUGGCGUCCGAGGCGCAUGACUAGUUGGGGCCGAGCCGGCGGCUCCUGCCACCCGUCCGGCUGCCGCUUAGAGCCUUCCCAGCCCGGCCUGACCAAUGUCCACGGCCAGCCCAUCUUCAGCACGCGGGCGCACGUGUUCCAGAUCGACCCGGCCACCAAGCGGAACUGGAUCCCGGCGGGCAAGCACGCACUCACCGUCUCCUAUUUCUACGAUGCCACCCGCAACGUCUACCGCAUCAUCAGCAUCGGCGGCGCCAAGGCUAUCAUCAACAGCACCGUCACCCCCAACAUGACCUUCACCAAAACCUCGCAGAAGUUCGGGCAGUGGGCGGACAGUCGGGCCAACACUGUCUACGGCCUCGGCUUUGCCUCCGAGCAGCACCUGACCCAGGUGGGCCUCGGAGACGGGUGGAGGGAGGGACAGGGCUGGGCCCAGGUCUUCUCCUCCUCCGGGCGCUGGGGGGCCGAGGCCAGGUCCCCGGCCUCUAUCUCCUUGAGGAAUAGGCAGGCCGAGUGUGAUGAGCCAGAAUGCCGGGUGUGGGGGCUCACUCCUGUAAUCCCAGUACUUUGGGAGGCCAAGGUAGGAGGAUCAAAUUGAGCCCAGGAGU